UCUUGAAAUGGUCUUUCUGCAGUACUGACUGCUUUAGCAAUAAACUGCUCUUCAUGUGGUGUUCUAGGGACUCCAUGAAGAUGUUCUCCCUCUGAUGAUUUCACUGAAGCCAAAAUGUGGAGGCUGGUGGCUAGUGUCCUGCCAAGGGUCAAAGUCCCUGGAGGCAGGGCAUGCUGCCUGCUGCUGGCACAGAAGGGCAGGAGCCUACUCACCGGGAGCACUCAUCAUCACUGGCAGAGCCCUGCUUUGGGGUUCCACACCACCCAGCUCCUUAGCAUGAAGCCUCUGAUACAGAAGGUGGAAGCUCUGGAUGAGGGCCACUUUGUCCGUGUGGAGUGGGAGGAUGGGAGUGAGAGCUGCUACCCCUGCGUCUGGCUGAGGGACAACUGCCAGUGUCCCCACUGCUUCCUGCCCUCGGCUGGGGCACGCAAGCUGGUCUUUGAGGACCUGGAUGUGAACAUCGUGGUGAAGGAAGUCACCCUGGCAGACAGAGAAAAGAUCUCUAUCAUAUGGCCUGAUAAACACUCCAGUGAAUAUGAAGCUGGGUGGUUGAAGAAGCGAUGCUUCUCUGAAAAAGCCAGAGCAGAAAUGAGAGAAGAUUUAUUUUUACCAGAACACCAGUACUGGGGCUCAGACCUGCAGCUUCCCAAAAUGCCUUUUGAAGAAGUCAUAUACAACGAUCAAAGUGCCUACAAGUGGCUGUGCACCCUCAAGAAAGUAGGCAUCGUGCUGCUAACAGGAGCUGCUGCUAGGCAGGGAGAGUUGGUUAAACUUGGCCACAGGGUUGGCUUCCUGCGUCUCACAUUUUAUGGACCAACUUGGCAAGUGCAAGACAAAGCAGAUGCUAACAAUGUGGCUUAUACAACCGGGAAGCUAUGUUUUCACACCGAUUACCCUGUUCUGCAGCAUCCACCUGGGGUUCAGUUUCUCCAUUGUAUAAAGCAAACAGCCACAGGAGGGGAAAGUGAAGUCGUAGAUGGUUUUCACGUAUGCAACAAGCUGAAGAAGCAAAACCCUCAGGCAUAUGAGAUCCUGUCCUCUACUGCUGUAGACUAUACAGAUGUUGGGAUCGACUUCUGUGAGUUUGCCAUGCAAUGUAAACAAAGGAUUAUAGAUGUGGAUGCCAGAGGCCAAGCAGUUCGCAUCAAUUACAACAAUGCAACAAGAGACACAGUGUUUGACAUACCAGCUGAAAAAGUGAGGCCGUUCUAUGCAGCUCUGAAGGAAUUUAAUGAUUUAUUAAACAGCACAGAACACAAGCUUACUUACAAGCUGAAACCAGGAGACGUGGUGACGUUCGAUAACUGGCGCGUGCUCCACGGUCGCCAGAGCUACCCGGCGGGAGCAGGGCUGACUCGGCACCUGGAAGGUGCCUACGUAGACUGGGACGUGGCCAUGUCAAGGCUCCGGCUCCUCAGGAAGAAGGUCCUCCACAGGGACCGAGCUAUUCUAGCUAACUAGAAGGAACAAAGCCUAGAAUGUCUAACCUCAAAAACAACAACAAAAGUAUUAUGUUUUCUUUCCAGAAACUAACACAAGUUCAUGUAAUUCACAGAUGAGUAGAAUGCUUUAUGUGGGAAGGGACCUUAAGGAUCAUCUAGCUCCAACCUUACUGCCAUAGGCAGGGACACCUUCCACUACAUCUGGUUGUUCAAGGCCUCAUCCAACCUGUUCCAGUAUCCUACCACCCUCCCUGGAAAGAAUUUCUUCCUAAUCUCCUGUCUAAAUCUCCUCUCAUCAAGCUUCAAUCCAUAUCCUCUCAUCCUAUCACUACCAGCCCUUGUAAAAAGUCCCAUUCUGACUUUCUUGUAGGCUCCCUCCCUUCAGGUACCGGAUGUUUGCUUUAAGGUGUCCUCAAGUCAACCUCUCCAGGGUAAACAGCCCCAACUCUUACAGCCUGUCCCCAUAGGGGAGGCUCUGCAGCCCAAUACAUUUAACAUCACCCAUAUAUUUCUGAGUGCCAUAAGAAACCUGCUGUUUCUAACACUUUAGCAUUUAUCUGUGCUCUGGCCUUUGAAUCUCUAAAAUGCAUUGCUACCUCUGUCAGUUUAUCUGCUGUUUAGAAUCACUGUGCACACGGUGUGGAAGAUUUUCACUCUACUGGGCUGCCUGGGUAUCAAUGCCUGCCUUUGCCUCUACAAAUAUACCUGUCCUCCCUAGCAAGUUUGGAAGGCAGCAUCAAAAAGGGCUUCAGCUAUUACUUACGAAAGGUUUGUGAUGAACAGGACAGAGAGGUGUUUUUUGUUGCACCAAUCUCAACUAAAAUUCCUUGUCAAAAGAAACAGCCACUGCUGUGGAGUUAUUUUUA